CCAUCUAGCUACAGCACUUAGUAAGAGGAAACUGCAGUGGAGGGACGCUACUCUGCAGUUGUAGUUUUUAAAACCUUUGUAUUAUUUCUUGGUGUUGUAAUUGUAUAACAGACAGCCCAUCCUGUUGGGAACGAAAGGAAAAUCAAAAUCGAGUCUUCCUCUCGGAAGAUUUCAGAAAACUUAAAGUCUUCCCUUCCGAAGACUUCUACACCACUAUCAGUUAGCAGUGUUACCAAGUCUUCAUGAACCUGUGAAAACCCUAACCGGUGUGCUCGUUCCCCUUUCAACCCAGUGGACUUACAGUUCUUUUUUAGUGCUGGCUGGCCGAAAAUGAGGCUGGGUGUUAGCCUAGCCUUCGCCCUCCUCUUGGUUGGGGCGGUGGCCUGGGCGGACGAAGUAGCAGUGAAAACUGAAGCGGAUGGCAUAAAGAACCUGAGUAAAGAAGAGACUGACAACAGCUCAGAGGAAGAUGCAAAAGACGACGCUGUACCCAAACCUUCCAUCUCAGAGAGUGGCGAGACUGACCAAUCAGCGCAGCCGAACAGGAAGAAAAGACAGCUGAGCUUCGGGGGUUCGUCGUCCUCCAAAAAUCAAGGCAGCAGUAGCAGCAACAGCAACACCAAUUCUCAGACGAAAUACAGAAGCUACUCCUCUUCCCGCACUGGUCCUUACACCAUCUCCAAGGAGGAGCUGGACCGUGUUCGAGCAGAGCUGAUGUACCCUUAUACGGACAAGGACGAUCGCGGCGGAACAGGUGACUUGGAGAAAAAUAUCAACGCCCAGAAUACCCAAGUCAACAAGCAGCUGACCUUCCUCUUGCCCUUUUUUGGUUUUGGACUCAACUACACUUGGGUGUCCUUAAACGGUUAUCUCGGCUUCUCCGACGCUCCGUUCAACUGGCAACAUUAUCCUCUGUCUUUCCCUGUGCAAGAAUGGCCAACGAAACCGGACCCUUCAUUCAUUGGACCAUUCUACUCCAAGUGCAACAUCGGAGAACUGAAGCCUGGAGACAUGGACACACGAAAGCCAGGUGUUUAUUGGAGAUUGGAGAGAGAUCUCCCAUCCCGACAGGACCAACGGGGGGUGACGAUUCGCGAGAGGCUGAAGUGGGACAUCCGAGAGGGCAUCGUGGGCGCCGAAAUCUUCUCGCCCAAACACGCCAUCAUCGUCACUUGGAAGAACGUCACCUUCUCCGGAGGCUCCGUCAAUACCCAGGCCAAAUAUGUGACGAACACCUUCCAGCUGGUCGUGGCUACAGACGAAAUCCGAACGUACGCGAUCUUCAAUUACGAGUACAUGGCCUGGACCUCUCACACUGAAGCUGGAGGCUCCACUGAUGAUGGUCAGGGCGGUGUUCCUGCUUAUGUGGGCUUCAACGCCGGCAACGGAACGAGGUCUUAUGAAUACACCCCUUACAGCCAAAAGCUUUACAUCCGGGACCUUUCAGUAGCUGGCUUCGCCAACGGAUUCCCCGGAAGACACAUCUUCAGAAUCGACGAGAAGAUUCUCGCCGGAUGCUGCAGGAGAGAAGAAGAACUACGAGAAUACCCACUUACCUUCGCGCCCGAACACGGCAACAUGUUGGGCGGGACGCUGGUGAACGUGACUGGUCCUUGCUUCAAGUUAACGGACGCUGUCCGAUGCCAGUUCGAUACCACGGAGGUUGAAGGCGUCAUUCUCAGCGGAAACAAAGCAGCCUGCGUCACGCCCCGUCUCUUCGUCUCGGGCCACGUCGACUUCUCCAUCUCCAUCAAUGGCGGUCCUUACUACUGGAAAGGGAGGUUCUUCGUCGAGACGCCGCUUACCGCUCCUGAAGGCGUAUGGUUCAAGGACGACAGUUAUCAGGAACACUCUCCGCAGUCUCUAGACAUCGAAUGGCUGGCGGGUAACUUGACCAUGAACAGAGACGCUUCCGUCCAAAUUUCUCUUUGGGGCUACAGAGAAGUGACCAUCACACCGGAAAUUGUGUACAUCGAUAUGUUGAAGGAAACAACAAACAUUGGGUUCACCACUCUGGUUCCCCAAGAGUACUCGAAUCGUGACAACAGAGAGAACCUCGACUUGGAGAUGGGACUGAUCAUGAUAAACUUAACCACAGCAGAUCCAGAAUACGGCGUUAAGGAAACAACAAUCGUGUGGUCUCGUCCGAUUCCGUUGGCUUGGUACUUCCAUUACCAGUGGGCGAAUCUGCACGGCUCGAACUGGCAGCAAGCGAUGUGCGACAGGUGGAUUGAGAACGACCGUAACCUCAGGAACUUCGCCUACGAAGUGGAGCGGUGCCCAUGCCUUCUGAAGCAAGCUGUAGCAGACAAAGGCAGGUUCUUACCCGACUUCUCCUGCGACCAGGACGGGAACACUGAAUGCGAUUAUCACUUCGGCGCCAUCCACUGCGUCAGAACUGCCUUGCCUAACAAAGACGGAGCUGGUCAACAGUGCUGCUAUGACAGAGAUGGAUACCUCAUGAUGACUGCUGAUAAGAUGUGGGGUGGCAACCCCCACAGGGCCCACAACCUCGGGAAGACGCCAUUCGAUGAGGCCAAUAAGGUUCCAAGUUUGUCUCACUGGUACCAUGACGUCAUCCCGUUCUAUACAUGUUGCAAGUGGCAAGGGGAACAAGCUCCUGGUUGCGUCACCUUCAGGUUCGAACGAAGGUGUUCUCAGAACUGCGUGGGAUACACACCACCCUCGGCAGCUGCUGUGUUCGGCGACCCUCACCUCUACACCUUCGAUGACCUGGCCUACUCCUUCAACGGCAAGGGAGAAUACGUCCUCGUCAGGGUGGACUCCAUCAGGCACGUGCUCGAUGUCCAAGGGCGCUUCGAGCAGAUAGACAAGAACUAUUUGGGAGAAGCAAAGGGAACGAUGCUGACAGCCAUUGCAGCCCGUGACAAUAUUUCGUCAAUCGUCGAGAUUAGAAGGCGGCCCUCUGAUGCCAUUUGGAGGUAUCACUUAGAUGUCAUCGUGGAUGGGGAAAGAAUCUAUUUCGACAGAUAUUCGCAGAAGAUCCAGCAGUUCAGAGAAUGCGUCGUGUACACCCCCAGCAACAUCCUCAACCAGAGUCACGUGAUCGUCAUGUUUUCCUCCGGCGCUGGAGUAGAAGUGAUGGAGAACAGAGGCUUCCUCGGAGGGAGGGUCUACCUACCUCUCUCGUUUGCGAACAUCACGAGAGGGUUAUUCGGCAACUUUACCUUCUUGAAAUCGGACGACCUCGUCACACCGGACGGAACCUACAUAGAAACACCCAUGGAAGGAACCUCCGAAAAUCUGUACAAGUGGGGAAUGGAAUGGGUUUUGGAAGACAAAGACCAGCCGUUCAAGGGCAAAUCGCUCUUCAUGCACGAGAACUCGAGGUCCAGUAACUACUAUUACGACAAAGACUUUGUUCCAGAGUUCGAAAACCUCCCCGUACUCUCUGAGAACGCCACAACACCAAUAACGGAGAUCAACACCGUCUGUGGCGACUCUUACCAAUGUUACUUCGACUUCGUGGUGACUCUCAGGAGAGAUUUCGCCGUCAUGACCAAAUAUUAUCAGGAUCAGUUCGUCAACAUCAAGUCUCAAGGUCUCAUACGAGUGAUUUCUUGCGGCGCCCUUCCGACGCCUCCCCACGGCAGGAAGUCGACCUUCAACUUCCUGAGUGGUGCCGAGGUCAAGUUCGACUGUGACCCCGGCUACGUCCUGCUCGGAGAACAGAGGAGGUGGUGCUAUGCCUCCGGAGACUGGAACUGGCCUGAGAACGGAGAAGCUACUUGUGUCACUGAAGCAGAGUACCUGGCCAUGCAAGCAGGCAUCACAGCAGGCACCGUUCUGGCAGUGCUGCUUCCCAUCCUCAUCGCUAUUCUGUGCUACUCGUCCUAUGUGAGGAACAAGCACAAAGAACGCGCCCAGACCCUGGACUCGGUGCUCUCCCGCAAGAGACGGGCUGGAAGCAUGAGAGUCAACGCUUGGCUGGGUCGGACCAACAACGACCGAGACAGCUCACCAGAGUCUGACGAGGUGAGGAAACCGAUGAGAGAAGCCGCCAACUCAGACGGAACCAUUACGCAAGUCUAACAUCGAAGUCUUCACAAAUACUACGAGGGAAUGAAUGCUUGUGUGUUUCACGGGACUCGGUCCAAUUCAGCAAGAUUGUUUCAGAGUUAAGAAAGUCAGCGUUUGUAAGGUUGGCGGAAUGAGGUCAUUUGAAACGAAAACUAUUUUAUUACAUGUUUGUAACUGUCUGAAUUUUGUUUACCCGCGAAAAGACUGGUAAUAGUUACAAUUGAAUGAUCCCCAAGACUACCUGGCAUUUGUUUUAGUUGGCGUCUUUAUAUAUUCUUUAAUCUAUACUUGUAAAUUUUUGUCUCCGUUUAAUUUUACAAAUGCUGGAGAAUAGAUCCGUCUGAAUCAGCCUUUGGGGCAACUAGCUGAAGAAAGAUGCCACAAUUAUCCAUGUCUUAGGAGUACCUAACAAAGUAUACUUUUUCAUAUCAACUCACUCUUUUAUGCGUGUUAAGCAAAUGGAAUUCUUAAGAAAAUACCACCAUGAUCAUGAGAAAAAAUUUGGUUUAUUUCGUCCUUUAAAAAAAAGUUACAAGGAAAAUAUGGUUACUAUUAAUCGUCUGAGUUUCUCAUUGAAAUUGAAUGUUUUCAUAAGAUUUCCAUGUGCAUUUAAGUAAUUAGCUUAAGAUAAACUCGUAUGUCUUGCAACGCGUUUAGUUUGGGAGUAGAUAUUAACUGCUUUCUUCCCAGGCAUUUGAAAACCCUAUACAGACAUUAGGUUCGUAGCAUGCCCAAUAAAAGGAGUCAUUAAAACACUAGCUGUCCUCAGGAUAAUAUAAGCAAGGUUAAUUCUAAUGUAGGCCUUUACUUGAACGAGGCUAACCUAAGCUCAUGUUGUUUCUAAGCUAUCUAAAAGUUUCGUUUUGUAUUUUGUUACGAAGACAAUACCAUAUUGCACAUUGGUUAUCGUUUUCAAUAAAAUCAACUCACUCAAUGAAACUGUGAAAAGGAAUUCGUUAUGAACGUACAAUUUAGAUCAUUAUACUUGAUUUUGUUGCGUAAACCUCGUCGAUGCGACGCCAUUAAGAACUAACAAAUCAAUCAAUCAAUCUUGUUGCGUAACACCAUGGCUGAAGCAGGAAACUUGAAUGACGUCACUGAAUUUCCUUGCAUAGUUGCACCUGCCUUGAAAGUCGUCAGAUAUUUGAACCUGAGAAGAAGAGCAGCAGAAUGUGUACGUUUCAGAACUUUUUUACGAAUUACGUAAGUGAUUUUGUGGUCAGAAAUGUAAAAUUAUCGUAACAUAUUUUAAGCAAUGAAUAAAUGAAACAGGAUCCUUGAUUAUUAGUUUUAUGUCUCUGUCUCGAGUCCUUGAUUUUCUUACACGUUCUUUUUGUUUUAAGUAGUCUCUAGAUGCAUUUUGACGAGUUAGUUCCUUAGAAUCUUCAUGAACUUUGAGACUUUAGCUCUCGCUGAGUUUAAUCUCUAAGAUUUUAAGUUAAACAUCGGAUGGUGAGUAGAAUUUACGCGUUUCUGCACCAUUUAGGCACGCUCAUUUUGAAUGAAAUAAUUUAAGUCUUUGUUGAAAAGCACCCUUUUGUUAUGAAACUUUAGCUAUGUUUGUGGUGAAAAAAUUAGAAAAGUUUUUUUUCUCUCAGUUCAUAGAUUGAAAAUGAAAAUGUAAGUUAUAAUGGAGGUAAUGACAAAUCGCUGAUUCACGUUAUAUUUUUUUCGUAUGAAAAUCAGUUAUUACCUUGGAAUAAAAUAUCUUGUCAAAACAAAACUCUUAAAUUUAAACAGUGUCAUAUCUGCAUCAGAAACGUCAGAACUCUGUCAAAAUGCAUUGCCUUUUGUACAAUACUGAAUUCUGUACAAUUUCUUAAUAAAAUUCACUUGGUCAA